AUGUCUUUAUGGAAGAAGUUAAUCAGUUAUAGUAGCGAUAAGUUACAAGUACCUUGUGUAAAUCAUCAACAACAAUAUAGCGGUUCUGGGCUAUUAUUAUUUGAUAAAUCAACAAAUUGUAUUUUGCUGAUUCACGAUUAUACUGGAGACUAUAAUUGUUUUGGUGGGCGAAUCAAACUUGAAUAUAAUAAUGAUGAUUUUGGAGUUGAAAAGACCGCUUGUGAUGAAUUAUAUGAAGAAUCGAGAACAUUACUAUCCUUUGAUUAUAAAAAGUUAUCAACCGUACACUAUGUCGACAUAAAAAAUAAUUAUCACAAUGAAUUAUUUCGUUGUUAUAUAGUAAAAUUGGAACUACCAUUAGAUAUUCGUGAACAAUUUCAUAAUAUUGAUUUGAAUAAACUACCGUACAAUGAUGAUUAUUUUGAAACAAAUGAAAUCCAUCUAUUCCCUAUUGAACAAUUUCACUCUUCAACUAUAUUUCAGUCAGGGAGCACCAAAGCAACAAAUAAUCUAGGAGAAAAUCUGGCUCUAAAUGAGAGAGCUAUUGAAGUCAUUUUAGCAGCUAAAACGAAAAAUAUUUUGUAA